AUGCUCCCUAGCCACGGCCUCACCCAUCGAGGCGCGACCCUGACGCGACAACAUAUCUCCGCCAACAGCCCGUGGGAACGAUUGUCACGAUUUCAGUCCGCCAUUCGCCCACCCGGUCGUGGCCUGAGAUCAUUGGUCUGGCCCUGGAGCAAGCUAUCGCCACCCACUGGAACGUCAGUAUCGAAGGUCAGGUCAAAGGCUCUGGCAAAAGCUGCGUCCAGGAAGACACACUCCGACGGACCGCUAGUCGAGCAGGCUCAUAAGGCAGUGAAGGCCACCAGAAGAAAGCCAGUGACCGUAGAAGUCGUUGUGCUGUCCGAUGACAAUGAGUUGUUGGGCACGGCGGAGGUAAAGGAGCCAAGAAAGGGAGUGCGGAAACCGAAGGAAGUAGCGACACACCAUGAUCUGGAAUCCUACCUCAGAUUCGCAAAAGCCAGUGGGAAAAAUCUAGAAUCGAGGCUCCAUAAAGGGACUGUCUACGAAUAUACUGUCCAGAAAGAACUACGGACUUAUGGAUUUUCUCUGCAGCAUCGCGGUCGUACCAAAGACCUGGGAAUCGACCUCAUCGGAAGCUGGAAGUUGCCCAGUGCGCCCGGACAACUCCAAGUGGUGAUACAAUGCAAGGCCGGAAAGAAUACCUCUGCACACAUUCGAGAACUGGAGGGCACUGCCCUCAAUGCUCCGUACAGUCAUCGUGUCAAGAACAAGUUGGCACUCCUCAUAUCGGCAACGAAAGCCACGACCGGGGUCCUGGAAGCCAUGCAACGUUCUCAACUGCCCAUGGCCUUUGCCUACAUAUCGCGCGAUGGGCUGAUGCACCAAUUCACUACCAACGUCGCAGCUGAAGAGGUUUCCUUGAACGGACUAUCGCAGAAGGUAGUGUACAUUCCAGUCUCAAAGGGUGGAAUCCUCCGAAAACCACGCGUUAAAUCCGCUGUUCAGCUUCUGUGGGAGGGCAAGCCUUGGCCUGGACGAUUCGAGGAUCAUUACGUGUCAUGA